ACCGGGGUCGGGCUAACGUGUGGGUGACGUGGCGGCUUCUAAUCUUUGGCCGGAUUUCGGCGGCUUCUGGGCUCGGGAAGGAGGCAGUGACGGACCGGGAGACAUUGGCAUUGGCAGCGGCGGCAGGCGGCAGUGAGGAGUCCGAGGUUAUGCGUCUCAAUGAUCCCGCGGAAACGCUACGGGUCUAAGAACACGGAUCAGGGUGUCUACCUGGGUCUCUCAAAGACACAGGUCCUGUCCCCUGCAACUGCUGGCAGUAGCAGCAGCAGCAGCGACUUCGCCCCUCUGCCCCCCCAAGUGGCCCUGGUCCCUCCCCCUCCCGACACCAUGUCCUGCCGGGACCGGACCCAGGAGUUCCUGUCUGCCUGCAAGUCCCUGCAGAGCCGUCAGAAUGGAAUCCAGACAAAUAAACCAGCUCUGCGUGCUGUCCAGCAGCGCAGUGAAUUCACUCUCAUGGCCAAGCGCAUUGGAAAAGAUCUCAGCAACACGUUUGCCAAGCUGGAGAAGCUGACGAUCUUGGCAAAGCGCAAGUCUCUCUUUGAUGAUAAAGGAGUGGAAAUUGAAGAGUUAACAUAUAUCAUCAAACAGGACAUUAAUAGCCUCAACAAACAAAUAGCUCAGCUUCAGGAUUUUGUGAAGGCCAAGGGCAGCCAGAGUGGCCGGCAUCUGCAGACGCAUUCCAACACCAUUGUGGUCUCCUUGCAGUCCAAACUGGCCUCCAUGUCCAAUGACUUCAAAUCAGUUCUAGAAGUGAGAACAGAGAAUCUGAAGCAACAGAAGAGCCGGAGGGAACAGUUCUCGAGAACCCCUGUGUCAGCCCUGCCCCUCACCCGCAACCAUUUGGGAGGUGGUCCUGUGGUUUUGGGGGCAGAGCCCAGGGCCUCUGGGGAUGUGGCCAUUGACAUGCUGGACUCUCGGACCAGCCAGCAGCUACAGCUCAUUGACGAACAGGAUUCCUACAUCCAGAGUCGAGCAGAUACCAUGCAGAACAUAGAGUCUACAAUUGUCGAGCUGGGUUCCAUCUUUCAGCAGUUGGCACACAUGGUUAAGGAACAAGAGGAAACCAUUCAGAGUGUCCUCCUCUUUCCUUCUGGUUUGUCUGUAGGAUCGACGAGAAUGUGCUAGGAGCCCAGCUGGAUGUUGAGGCCGCCCAUUCAGAGAUCCUCAAGUACUUCCAGUCCGUCACUUCCAACCGGUGGCUCAUGGUCAAAAUCUUCCUCAUCCUCAUUGUCUUCUUCAUCAUCUUUGUGGUCUUCCUUGCCUGAACCCUCUCCGCUCGGAGGCACUCCAUGGAGGUCUGAAGCCCUCCUGGGAAGGCAGGUGGAUCCGUCUGCCACCACUGAGCCUGUACAGGGUGCUUGGGAGAAAGGCCCUGUUUCCCUGGAACUGCUGAGAAUGGCCACUGCCCCUUGACCCCCUCAACCUCUGUCUUACCUCUUAAUGCCCUGUCCUUCCUCACCACCCCUCAGCCCACGAAACACACAGAGUUUUGGAUUUGGACUCCACUGGGAAGUGGCUGGAAGGGAGCAGAGGCCAGCUGGGAGCCAGUGGGAGAGGCAGAUUCCACUAGGAGUUUUUAUACACCUUCCCCAGCCUCUCUCCCACAGGAAGCACGAGCAGCAGGGGAAAUGAUGCCCUUCCUCACUUUCCUGAGAACGAGGAGAGGAAGAGAAACUGUCCCAUGGACCAACUUUCCCAUCUGGGUUAGAAUUUGACCUCUCUCCUUCCUCUUUUCACUGUGAGGCAGGGGGACUGAGCCUCUGUUGCCUGCACAACCCCAACACUGGCUGCUAGUGACUGUCAAUCUGCCAAAUGUGCUGCAGCCCAGUUUUUCCCAAUUACAGCAAGACUGUCAGCCUCA